GUUAUUUAUUUUUCAAAUUUUAAACUUUCAUCUUUAUCCCUGUUUUUCUUAUCCUUUAUUUGUUUGUGUUAAAAGGGUUUCAGCGACCACCGGAUAAUCCUCCUACUCUCACGGUUUCACCUUUUCUGGACUACCGCCUUCCUUCGCCGUUAGCCCGCACCGGUAAACCAAAAUGAUAAUUUUAGAAAAAAUUCUCACUUCCGUUGUCGUCUUCUUCCUCUUAACUGCACCAUCCACUGCGGAUAUCAUAUCUCUGAAUCUCUAUUCUGAUAAUCGACAUAUGAUCUUUUUCUCGGAUUUCGAAUUCUCACAUGCCGGUUACGUAUCCUUCGAUAUAUCUUCCCUGACGGUCAACUCCUCCACCUCCUUCGAUCCUACGCAUAGUGGUUUCGUCCUUCAACGGCGUGAGGUGCAAGACCAGCAAAACACUAGUAUUUGCCCUUUGGAUUUCAAAUUAAACUCAGCCGUCUUUACUUUCCAAGAUCUUUCCCAUGCGUUCAACAAAUCAUACCCUGUCACACAUCCGGGUAUGAACUCACUUUUCUUUGUCAAUUGCAACGGCGAAGGCGAAUCCUUUGUGACUACGGAAGGCCGUGCAGAGCUCUACAACAUGGAUGAUGGGUUUUGGAUAAAGAACAAACGAUGUUUUCACGGGAUCCAUUUACUCAUGGGUGGGUUACUUCUUAUGAAUUAUGUUCAGCUUAUAUGUGCGGCAGCCGAUCUAUAUUUUGUGAAGGUUACAGGUACUCCUCAUGGAUUCGAUGGCUUAUUUUACAUAUUUCAGCUUAUCAGGACUGUGCUUUUGUUUACCGUGAUCACGUUGAUCGGUACUGGAUGGUGUUUGUGGAAGCCGUAUUUGGAAGAAUGUGAAAUAGUGAUUUUGAUGUUUGUGAUCAUAGUUCAGGUCUGGGCUAAUGUAGAUUCUAUAUUGAUAUGGAAAUUCGACGGACCUUAUAAUAUAUACCGGGAACGUUGGACCUAUAGUUCUACAAGCUUAGAUAUCAUCUGUUGCUUUGUUAUUUUCGUCCCUAUAGUGUUGUCAGUUAUCUCGUUGAAGAAGAAUCGUGAGGCUGAUGCGAAUGCUGCUAUGAAUCUGGUCAGGUUGUGCCUAUUUGGGAUUGUGGUUUUUUUAUACGUGCUCUUUACGAGGUUUCUUGUUCGUGGAUUAUUUCCCGCAUGGAUGAAUUAUGGGGUACAGGAAAUCAGUAUUCUUGUGGUAUGUGUGGUGAUGUUUUUCAUUUUUAGGCCACUUGAUCAUGAGGAUGAUGAUAAAAAAGCAGUCCAGAUUAGCCCUUCUUCCUAUUUUAGUGUGCGAGUUUCAAGUAGCUUUUCGUAGAACAAUUUGAGUGUUUUAAGUUUGAGUUUUAGCUUUGUUCUUUACUGGUAGGUUGAUGGGUAGCUUUAGUUGAUUUCAGAAGUUCCCAUCGUAAUUUAGCUUUGCAAAUUAUCAUACUUUUGGGUUGUUUCUAUGCCAUUCCUCCCCUUUAUUCAAACUUGACUUUUUUUGGAACAUGAACUUUUUUUUAUACUGUAAUCUUUUUACAUUUAUCAAACCAAACAGAAAACAAAAAGGAUUUCAUUUCGAUUUCUGCCAAUCAGAACCAAACACACACCAAAGAGACAGAAGCUAGUCUCAUUUUCUAAACUUGUUGCUUGUAAACACAGCUUUUAUGUUUAUACAUGUCAAAAGCCCCAAAAUGGUUUGUUCUUUCACCAAGAUACAUAAGAUAUUUUUGAAAGAAUGAAUUCAGAAUUUUACAAUAUUCACAUUUUACUUUUAUGUAAAAAAAACGGGAUAGAAGAAAUGGCAUUGCCUAGUACAAAUUUCGAAAAUUACAAUUUACAACUCAAAUGUUGCAUAAAGUUACAAGAAAUACAUCUGUUCAUGCUGCCUCUCAAUCAACCAACCAUUCGGAAACGAGAAAGUUACAGAAAAGACAUCUGAGAUCAACAACAUUUUCGGGUGGGGCGUCUUCUUCUUCCUCAAGAAUCUCCAGCUCAAUCUCUACGGCGACCUCAGCCGAAGAACCUUCAGUCGCUUCCAACGCCGACGAAGGGCCUCCGACGACGGUUCAAUCUUAUCUGCGUCUGACGCCGACGACACCAACGGUCGUCUCCUGCCCCACCGACGCCAUUCUGAGACGCAAACCCAUCAAAGACCUACAAACCAAUCUCGUCGAGCUCCGGCAUCGCAGACGAACUAAGCUCCGGUCCUCCUCUUCCAGUGACGAUCUCCAGCAGGGAACGAAAAAAAAAACUAUCGCCGCCCGUCACCAGAAAAUCGCUGCUACGACCAGCUCUUGCAAACAGCGAGUUCCGACAAGGAACAACCCAUCUCCGAUCGUUACGAGCUACCUGACAGCGCAGGAAAGCAGCGGCGCCGACGAACUCCGUUGUUGGUCUCUUCAGACGUCGUCCUCCAGUGAAGAAACCCCCAUCGCUGGUUGCCUGUGUCGUUCUAUUUUUGGGCAUCUCCAUUAUCGAUCGUAAGAGAGGCGGCUGCAAGACUUUCACCGCAAAAGUCGAUGAAAGGAUAAGUGGGCCUACAAGUGGUAUCCUUCCCUUUGUUUGUGUCCAAUUGGACCAAUACGUUCAAAAAUAAGAAUAAAAAUUAGCAUUUACCAA